CAUCACAAAGAAGAAUAAAACUUUAUUGUAACAACUCUCGCAUACAGGGGUGUCCUUCAGUGCAGCUAACCUUCACUUCGGCUAGUUUUAGACGUGCUUACGUUUAAGUUAAGAGUACGUAAAGGGAACCUUCACCGCUGUGGAUCAUGGCGGCGCGAAUUUUACCUGCAGUGAAAUUGGCCACCAAGUUGGCCAUUGCAGGAGGAGCUCUCUACGUUGCCUGUGACUCUGGUCUGUUGGGAAGCAGUGAACAGGGUUCAGAGGCUCUUGAAAAGGCCAAAACAGCAAUACCGCCUGCUGUAGAGGAAUGGACAAAGUACUUUGGCCUAGAGGCUCAGAUUCCAUCCAUGCCCAAGAUUGAAUUCUCGCCUGUUCAGGCGUGGAACUCUGGAGUGCGAUGGACAAUAUCAUCUCUUUCUGAGGCUCCAACGAAAGUAACUGAAUACACAAAUCAGGGUGUGCAGUACCUGAAAGACCUCACCAAGUGAACUCAAACCUUUCUGGGCAGCAUUAUUAACAGCCUCUCUGACUUUUGCACUCAAAGAAUGACAUUACUUCUUCAAAGGUUACAAGAAGGAAGAAAGAGGUUUUCUGAAUGGUAGUGGCUAUGUUUCUGGUGUAAUGCAGAUUAUUGUGUAUACAAAGCAAUGUUGCUCCCCCUUGUUUUCAAACCAUCCAAAAAAUGAAUGAAGAAGAAAGUUGUAUAUAUGGAGGUACUCCUUUAGUGACUAUAUAAUACAUUGAUCGAAAAACAA